AUGCCCCUCGAUGUGGUCGAGGAGGGUCAGUUGCGUGGCCCGAUGGGGAGGAGAACCGUGGCAGUACCAUGGGACUUCCAUGUGUGCAUGCUGGGUGUACUACGCUCCUCAGUAUGGUCGAGGAGGUCAGUUGCGUGGCCCGAUGGGGAGGACCGUGGCGGUACCACUGAUUAUUGUGGGGCUUCCACGUGUGCAUACUGGGUGUACUACACCCCUCGAUGUGGUCGAGGAGGGCCAGUUGCAUGGUCCGAUGGGGAGGAGAACCAUGGCUGUACCACUGAUUAUCGUAGGGCUUCUACAUAUGUAUGCUGGGUGUACUACGUCUCUCAAUGUGGUCAAGAAAGGUCAGAUGCAUGA